UCCCGCUGCUUCUUCUGCACAUUGUUAACAUGGCUCCCAGAGGUAUGAUCGCCGUGACAACAGUCCUCCUCUGCUUCAUCCUGGGCCUGCUCGGUCCAGCUCCAACUGCCCUGGGAUCCCAUAUGGGCAAUGCCUGUUGUACGAGAUACAACAGGAAGCCAGUUCCCUUCCAGCGUAUAAAGGGCUACAGAGAGCAAACCGCCAAGGAAAACUGCAACAUCGAGGCCAUCAUUUUCUACACGGUUAUGAAGAAUGAGGUAUGUGCGACACAGAAGGAUGAGUGGGUGAGGAAGACUCUUAAAUUACUCAGUUCAAAACUGAAGAAGAUGUCCAAGACCGACUCUGCUGCAAGUAAAACUGCAAUGAGGAAAACUGUAAACCCUCCGUUGAAGAAUGAAGGUGGAUCUUUCAACAGUACCACAGAAACCUUCCCACACACCACCGAGGACUAUUAGCAAAAUCAGGAAUUUUUAAAUAAAUAUUCCCAAAUAAUGCUAAUGUGAAUCCGGUCAUGUUGGGGAUAUUAAUACAAAUAAAUAAAAGAUGGUAAUUACUUUUACUUGCCUUAGCAUAUGGAGUGUCAGCAUGUUAUCAUAACUUGGGGGGGAACCAUAGACAAACAGCUUUGAGAUAAUUAAAGUAGAUUAUGUGCUUAGCCACUUAGCAAAUGUUUUUUUUAAAUCAUACUUUUGGGAAUAUGCUGUUUUAAUGCCUGCUUUAAAUCUGCUGCUUAAUCCAUUGAAUGUGCUAAAACAUGCCAUUAGCAAUUCUCAUAAAAAAAUAAAUGUACCGGUACUUUAUUCUAUCCAG